AUGACGGAGCAGCAGCGACAUCGACCGGCGCCGCAGAGCACAUGGUCCCUCACGCGCGUCCCGACUCCUCUCCAGCACCUCUUCGACAGGUUUCCGCUGCUCACAUACCCCCCCAAUGAGCUCCCACAGCGCUCGCCGGCAGCACACAGCUUGCCGACGCUACAUGUCUUCAUCUCGGAGCGAGACGCUGCCACCAGCUCCCCAAGCUUCAACCCUUCCUGUUUGAAGUGGCAGACCUUCCUGCGUAUUGCAGGCGUCCGAGUCCGGAUCGUCCCCUCGACGAACCAUGCCUCUCCGUCCGGAGCUCUCCCCUUCCUCACGCCCGCGAGCAACUCAGGAGUACCAGGCCCUACCGACCAAGUAGCAGCCCCGCCCGUGCCCUCGAGCAAGCUCUACCAAUAUGCCCUCGACCACGGCACCUCGCGGCCGGGCGAGGUGCCGAGCCUGCGCCUCGAGGCAUAUCAGUCUCUCCUGGACCACAGGAUCCGCAACGCCUGGCUCUAUGCGCUCUACCUGUCGCCCCGGAACGCAGGGCUCGUCAAGCAGCUAUACACGCAGCCCUCGUCGAGCUCCGGCGCCGUACAGACCGCGCUUCUGUGGCAGCUGCGCCGGGCUGCCACCGCCGAAAUAUUGCGUUCUGCGGGCGCCGCAGCGAUCGAGCCGGAACGCCUAUACAACGAGGCAAGGGGGGCGUUCGCCGCGCUGGAGACGCUCUUGGCGCAAGGCGGCGACGAUGAUGGCAGCAGCAGCCGAUGGUUCUUUGGAAACACAGACGGGCCCACGCUGUUCGACGCCGCCGUGUUCAGCUACGCGUAUUUGAUCCUGCAUGCGGCGUGGUCGUGGCAGGACGACACGUUGCGUGGGAUCCUGGUGGAGUGCCCGAACCUGGUGGCACACACGAGGAGGAUACUCGAGAGGUACUGGCAGGACCAGGAGUGGAAAUGGACACGAUUGUACCACAAAACCUAG